AUGGGAAGGCCUCCACUGAAUAAGACUAUGGAGGAUCUUUGCGCUUCGGCACCUUGUGUUCAUGGAUUGUGUGUGGACACGCUUUUCGCUCGUCGUUGUGUUUGUGAUGAAGGCUGGAGUGGAGAGAAUUGCGAUGUGAACAUCGAUGAUUGCGCUUCACAACCAUGUCAGAAUGGAGGAACAUGCACUGAUGAGGUCGCUGGAUUCUCCUGUUCAUGUCCAGCUGGCUACCGAGGGGUGCAUUGUCAACAUCUGGUCGACCACUGUGCUACAUCUCCUUGUAGGAACAACGCCACCUGCACGAAUCUUGGACCUUCAUAUCACUGCGCCUGUCCGUUAGGCUUUGAUGGAACCCACUGUGAACACAAUAAGGAUGAAUGUGUCCAAGGACGUUGCGAUAAGAAAGGAACUGAGUCAUGCGAAGAUGGCAUCAACUCGUUCACCUGCGUAUGCAAACCAGGUUAUAGUGGCGAUUUUUGUGAAAUAAGAGUUGAUCAGUGUGCAUCGUCUCCGUGCAUGAAUAAUGGAACGUGCUAUGAUGAAGGUGGAUCGUUCAGAUGUGAAUGUGCGAAUGGAUGGACAGGAGAGACGUGA